CCAGGCCGGGAUUUAGGUUCAGGCUUUAAUCCAGGUUUCACCAUUUCCUCUGCUAUGUGACGUCCAGCAGGUCACUUCACUCUCUGAACCUCGGAUUCACCUCCCUUGUAAAAUAGGGGUAAUAGAAACAGCGACAGCGCAAAAUUGUUGUGAGGCACAGAGAAAGGAAACGCUGGGUUCCAGGAUCUGGAUCUUCAUCUCCCUCACAGUUGAGGAACGGCCAAGGAAACAGUGAAUUUUCUUGAAACUCAGUUUUGGGAUGCCUUAGACAAUGAUGAAAUGAGCCCCUCUGCUUUUCUGGCGCUUGAAGACUUCCGGCCCGCAGACCGGAAGCACCUAGGCGGGGCAGUGUAUGUGUGUAUCUGUGUGUGUGUCAAGGCCACCGUGCACAGGAACCCGGAAGGCGGGGCUUGUGGUUGGGGAUGGUGGAGCCUAGGCGGGCCCUGCGCCCAGAGCUCUGUGGGUAAGGCCCAAGAUGGCUGCGUCCACUUAAUACCCGUGUGAGGCCAGCACGGACGUUUCCUGUCAUCUCCUGGGAGCCCACGUCUGGCCCUCACUCUGUGCUACUGCGGUGUGCUGUUGUAGGGGAGAGACUAGAACAAUGGCAGGCAGCCUCGCUGCGGGGGCAGGCAGGCACCUCUGGGGCUGGGUGCCCCGGGCCUGCAGAAGCUUUUCUUUGGGUGUUCCUGGAUUGUUACACGUAAGACCCACCCUUCCGCCCCCCAAAGUAGUUGAUCGUUGGGACGAGAAGAGGGCCAUGUUCGGGGUGUAUGAUAACAUCGGGAUCCUGGGGAAUUUUGAAAAGCACCCCAAAGAACUAAUCAGGGGCCCCAGAUGGCUUCGAGGCUGGAAGGGGAAUGAAUUGCAGCGUUGUAUCCGGAAGAAGAAAAUGGUUGGAAAUCGGAUGUUCAUUGAUGACCUGCACAACCUUAACAAACGCAUCAGCUAUCUCUACAAACACUUUAACCGACAUGGAAAGUACCGGUAGAUGAGAAAGCUGGGGAUUGUGGAAGAGACACAUCUAUCACCCGGGACAAGGGGAGUAGUACUUUUCCUUAUGUGUAAAGGGAUUUGUAUGCUCUCCAUAAUAAAAUGGGGCUUCUUUGGAA